AUUGCCACUCCCUCCCUCCCUCUGUUCUGUUCUGCCCCGUUUUCCUGCCCAGCAGCGGUUACACAACAUAGCUGGACUUGCUAGCUGUCUUUUCUCUGACAAAAUCAGCAUGAUGUCUGCUACUGUAGUGACCAAUGCUGCCCCAGCAGAGGGAGUGGAAGACCAAGAGCAAAAAGUCGUGGGCAGCACCAAACCUCUGCAUCGCUUUCUCAGAGGACAUCCCAAGUAUGUGGGGGUUGUCAUGGUAACUCUGGGUAUAUCUAUCUUUCUCAUGGGAUUUCCUGUAUGGCUAGCCGACGGCCUUUCAGAGUCCUUCAUCUCAUUCGUGCUGGGAGUCUUGUUUAUCACCUGUGGAAUCAUAUUCAUACUAUCAGAACUGAACAUCACAAAGCAACUUGUUACUGCUGGAUUUGCAUUAAGUAUUGUCUCCAUCCUUGGAGUUGGAAUAGGUGUCUGCAUAUAUAUUGACUGCCUUAGCUUUGCUGUGGAUGACGAUUACUAUUAUAUGGAACAUAAUAUUACAGGACAGGAUUACACAAUUUACAGGAAUAGUAAGAACCAGUAUGGUGCGGUGCAAGCUUUAUCCAUGUUUCAAAGUGUUUUGGGUGGAGCUAUUCUCAUAGUCAUGGCAGUAUUUGCAAGAGCUGCAUUACAAUCCAGUAACACCAAGGCAGUUGUUGUUAUGCAGACUCGACCACCAGCUGAUUGACAGACUUCCACAGGUCACCACAACCUCUAAGCAACUGUUUUAUGUAUUCAUAUAUAUUUUGUUUUAUAUAUUCAUAUAUUAUAUACUGUUUUAUAUAUAAAGUAUAAAACUAAAUAUUUCCAAUUUGUUGGUAAAUAUUUUAUAUGUUUCCUUUUAUGCAAUAAAACUGAUUCAAAUACUGGUCUCUUGUCACACUUUUGUAACACAUGUUGAAACAUGAUGACCUUAAGAGAUCAGUAAUAAGUCAGUAAAAAGUCAAUAAAACCCAAAUGCAAA